UCCAUCUCUCUUACAAUCCUUUCUUCCUUUCCUUCCCACAAAACCAUCUUUCUUUCUCCUCCUGAUCUCUCCAAUCUCUCCAACAAUGGCGGCUCACCGUCUCUUCAUCCUCAUUCCUCUUAUUCUCCUCCUCAUUUUCUCUUACUCAACUGCCACCACACCCACCAAACCCUAUCCAAGAACCUCUUCAAGAACCCACCACCAAUACCGCUACUCCUGCGAUUCAUUCCCUCGUGGCGGCCGCUCCCGGUCAUUGUGCAUUCAACUCCAAAGAGCCCACCAGCACCGCCUUCUCCGACGGCCACCGCCAUCCUCGGCUUCUUCAUCGAUCGAUGAGUCGGUUAAUAUUGAUCCAAGAUAUGCUAUGGAGAACAGGGUAGUCCCUUCCGGACCUAACCCUCUUCAUAACUGACCUUAUUUUGGUCAGCCUCCGUGCUAUAUAUAUAAAUAUAUAUUAUAUACUGCUGCCAUAAAUCUUUGUCUUCUUUGCAUUCAUUAUCAAGUUGACAAUCUUCAUAUGACAAAUUUCUUUUCCUCCUUUUGCGUCAUGGUUUAAUAUGGUAUAACUUGUUUGGCUGUUUUGGAACUUCAUGUGUUCAUGUGGUGAAUAUGGUAAAUGGGCAUUGGGUUUUUCUAUUUCCACGCUUGUUUUUGGGUUCUGUGAUACCCAGUUAGAUGAUUUAGAUUAGAGUGGAAGAAGCAAAAACAAGCAUGGAAAUCAGACAUUAAUUAGUGUAGGAGUUAACAGCCCAAAUUGGGUGGAGGGAAGCGUCAAAAGAAACGCAUGAGUUUCAUUAAAUAGCAGGAGCCU